GCGGGACUCACCGGCUACAGCGUCGUCUUUUGAUGACGUAAGGAAGAAGCGCCACACUCGCGUGCUAUCAGGCUUUUUACACUAUGGCAACAGUUCAUGUUAGCGAGGCUGAAAAAGUGUACAUCUUACACGGCAUACGGGAUGACCUACGAGUGGACGGAAGAAGCUGCGAGGACUACAGACACAUGGAGAUAGAGACCGACGUGGUGUCCAACACAGACGGCUCAGCUAAAGUCACACUGGGCGACACAGCGGUUCUAGUUGGGGUCAAAGCUGACAUUGGAAAACCGAGGCCCGCGGUGCCGAAUGAAGGCUACUUGGAAUUCUUUGUAGACUGUUCGGCCAAUGCAACUCCCGAGUUUGAGGGCAGAGGAGGCGACGAGCUGGGGACAGAGUUGAGUAACACCCUCUACAAAGUCUUUAACAACAAACACAGCGUGGACCUGAAGAGCCUCUGCAUCAGUGCAGGAGAGCACUGCUGGGUCCUUUAUGUGGAUGUGCUGCUCUUGCAGUGUGAUGGAAACCUGUACGACGCCAUCUCAGUAGCUAUUAAAGCGGCUCUGUUUAACACAAAAAUUCCCAAAGUGCACCUGUCCGCUGACGAGGAAGGAGGGAAGGAAAUUGAGCUGUCAGAUGACCCGUACGAUUGCGUGAGGCUAGAUGUGGAAAACGUUCCCUGUAUAGUGACGUUGUGCAAGGUGGGCCACCGGCACGUGGUGGAUGCGAAUCUGCAGGAGAAGGCCUGCUCCGUGGCGAGCCUGAUCAUCGCUGUGACACACAAGGGAACGGUCACCUGUACGAGGAAGGUGGGCAUGGGCAGCCUGGAGCCAGAGAGUAUCUUCGAAAUGACACAGGCAGGUAAACGCGUCGGGAAGGCCCUUCAUGCUCCACUCAUGAAGCUGCUGAAACAGGAGGAGAGUUUGGGAAAGAAGAGAGAGAAAGUUGGCUUUCUUGGUUAAUAUCGGCUAUUGUAGCCACAGUUUGUAUGUACGUCUAUGCAGAACUUUCUAAUUAAACUUCAAAUUUGUACGGCC